CCAUUCGAGUGUAACAAACAGCAGAGACGGAGCAGCACGCUGCACUGGAUCAACACACACUGACAUUAGCAGAAGAAGAACAACAAUCGUUACAACCACUAAACUUCCCUUUUACACAAAGAAAUAUCUGAACUGCGUGUCGCAAACACACUCUCCCUGCAGCCUGGGGGGCUUUAGGUAACUGCAAGGAAGUCACCAUGUGAAAAAAUGUUAAUUUGAUAAACGGACAAAAGGGUUGGAUUACAAGAAAAAAAGCGAAAGUUAAAAGGGCGUGAGCGGAAUGUCCGUGGAUGUGAAGCCUGAAGCCCCCAUGUACGUGUAUGAGUCGACGGUGCAUUGUACCAACGUCCUCCUGUGUCUCAACGAUCAGCGGAAGCAGGAUAUCCUGUGCGAUGUGACCGUGCUGGUGGAGGGGAAGGAGUUCCGCGGCCAUAGGGCUGUGCUGGCCGCCUGCAGCGAGUACUUCUUGCAGGUGCUGGCGGGACAGAGCGAGAAUGAGCUGGCCGUCAGCUUACCCGAGGAGGUCACUGCCAGGGGAUUCGCCCCAUUGUUGCAGUUUGCCUACACCGCUAAGCUGUUACUCAGCAGAGAAAAUAUCCAGGAGGUGAUCCGCUGCGCCGACUUCCUGCGCAUGCACAACCUGGAGGACUCCUGCUUCCGCUUCCUGGAAGCCCAGCUGCGCAGCGAGGAGGAUGGCCUGCUGCUCUGCCGCAAGGUGGCGUCGUUCCCGCCCUCCACCGCCCUGGACGGCGACAACUCGGAGGACGAGAGCAUGGAGCCCGAGGCGGCCGGGGCCGGCUCCCCGAGGGCCAGGCUACGUCCGGAGCCCCUGGGCUCCUCCCAGCAGCCGGACGAGGUGGUGGCGGUGCCCGGCGACGCGGACGGACUGCCGGACUUCGACAAGCACGGGGCCUCGGACCUGCCCCGCUGCCCCAAGUACAGGAAGUACCAGUGGGCCUGUGCCAAGCACAACAACAACACCUCCUCACACACCAGUACCUCAGGUUUUCCAAGCACAUUCAAGGAGGUCGACGGCGCCCACGACAACCGAGGCCAGGGCCGGCAGGCGGUCGCCCGCAUCAAGGCCGAGCCGCGGGAGGACGAGCCGGCCACGCUGGGCCUGUCGGGGGAUGAGCAGGACUCCCGGGAGAAGGACGGGGUGUCGGAGAUGGAGACGGACGGCCGGGAGCACAGCCCCAUGUCCGUGGAUCGGCCCAAGAGCAGCGCCAAGAACCCCACCUGCCUCCGCUCCUUCUUCAAGAGGAGCAUAGACCUCACCGCCCUGCCCAACGCCUCCCAUCAGCUACUCGCCAACAGCCGACUCGCCUGUCCCCAAGACAAAGGAACCACUCAGGGUGACCCCAAAAAGGACUAUGGGCCUUUCUCCGGGGAGUCGGGCCUGCCCUCCGCAACGCCCCUCAAAGAGGUGGACGGGUUCCCGCCGAGGCUGUCGCUGAAGUCGGCCUCCUGCGACGGGGUCUGCAAGCAGGAGUCGGAGCUCGACCGCCGCAGCGUCAUAUUCUCCUCAGGGGCUUGCGACCGGCUGGGAGCCCCGGCGCACUCCUAUCCCGGGGGCACCUCCCUGGAGAAGGAGCUCUCUGAACACACACCAAAGGGCCUGUGGGCGGGAGCCAGCCAGUCCCUCCCCUGCUCCCAGACCUACUCGCCCAGCGCCGCCCCCUCUGAGCCCUCCCCGCAGUGCCGCUCCCGCCCCAACACCAGCUGCCCCGUGCCCAUCAAGGUGUGCCCCCGCUCCCCGCCCUCGGAGACCCGCACCAGGACUUCCAGCUCGUGCUCCUCGUACUCCUACGCCGAGGACGGCAGCGGGGGGUCGCCGUGCAGCCUGCCCCAGUUCGAGUUCUCCUCCUCGCCCUGCUCCAACGUGACGCGCUGCCUGGUCGUGGACCAGCAGGACCAAGGUGGCCCGGGGGACGCCAUUUUCGGCCAGGUGCGCCCCAAGAUCAAGUGCGAGCAGUCGUACGGCACCAACUCCAGCGACGAGUCGGGAUCCUUUUCCGAGGGGGACAGCGAGUCCUGUCACGUCCAAGAACAAGGCCCAGAGGUCAAACUUCCUUUCCCUGUCGAUCAAAUCACAAAUCUUCCAAGGAAUGACUUCCAAAUGAUGGUAAAAAUGCACAAACUGACCUCAGAGCAGCUGGAGUUCAUCCAUGACGUCCGGCGCCGAAGCAAGAAUCGUAUCGCUGCCCAACGUUGCCGCAAGAGGAAGCUGGACUGCAUCCUGAACCUGGAGUGUGAGAUCCACAAACUGGUCUGUGAGAAGGAGAAGCUGCUAACAGAACGGAACCAGCUGAAGGCCUGCAUGGGGGAGCUGCUGGAGAACUUCUCCUGCCUGUCCCAGGAGGUGUGCAGGGAUGUCCAGCUGAGCCCCGACCAGGUGCAGUCCCUCCACCGUUACUGCCCUGUCCUGAGGCCCAGCGAGCCCACAGCCAGCCCCCCGACCUCCGCCACCAGCAUCGACCUCACCACCACCCCCAACUCCGGCUCGCCCACCCCGGAGCCCGGGUCCCUCAAGUCCCCCCGCGGCUCGGAGAGCGAGCCCGGCUCGGCCCAGUGGGGCCCGGGGAACGGGCCGGACAGCCUGGGGGAGCUGGGGCUGGGGCAGGACCCGGGGGUUUACCUGGAGGCCGGGCUCUCCUUCGAACAGUGCAACCAGACGGUGACUGUGGACUUCUGCCAGGAAAUGACUGAGAAAUGUACGACCGACGAACAGCCCAGGAGGGAUUGCACCUAGCGGCGGCCGGGCGUCUUUUUGUGUUUCGUUUUUAUCGUUUGUUUUUUUUAUUAUUUAAUUUGUUUUGUUUCGGGGGUUUUUUUUCCGUUUUGUAAUUUUUCAGACAAACCUCCACCUCGGGGUUGGUGAGUUGGUCAGCUUCUGCCAGUGUUGUUCUUCUCUUUUGUUGUCUUUUUUUUUUUUUUAAAGGCCGACACUACAGUUGUCUUAACAGCAGCAAUACUGUUCUCUGAGUAUGCUCUUCUAACCCGUGACAGAGUGGGAAAUGUUAGCAAAGACACCCACCAUGGUGCUACCCCUUUGCCUCCCAGUAACCUCCACAGUGGAUACACUGUCCAUAUGUAUUACAGUCCAUUAUUCACAGCAGGGACGGGCAGACCACAUCUUUGAUCUUAAACCUCUAAGGACCUAACCUUGAUAGAAUACCUGUUUUUUCUCUCACUCUCUCACUCUCUCUCCUUUUUACCCUCUCUCUUUCACUCUAUCUCCCUCUGUCUCUUUCACUCUCUCCCUCUCUUUUACCCUCUCUUUUUCACUCUUUCUCUUUUACACUCUCUCUUUCACGCUAUCACUCUCUCUCCCUCUCUCUUUUAUCCUCUCUUUUUCACUCUUUCUCUUUCACGCUAUCACUCUCUCUCCCUCUCUCUCUUUUACCCUCUUUCUUUCACUCUCCCUACCUCUUUGUUACACUCUCUUUCACUCUCUCUCUCUCUCUCUCUCGUUCUCUCUCUCAGUGGCCCUUGUCACGGCAGUUCAGACUCAGGAAAUAUUCUGAAUGUUUAAUAUUGUUCACAAGAAUAAAAAAAAGACAGAAUCUGUACAGCAAGUUUUAUACAGCAGCUAGACUGUACGUGUUCAUAUGCAAAAAUGUCUGCUGCGUAUCCACUCAUUUUUAGCAUUUCUCUACUGGAACCCUUAACGCAUAUUGUACAGACGUUUGUAUUUAAACAUUCCUCUUUUGCCUUCUAGUGUGCUGAAAAUAAGCAAGUAAUCAAACAAAUCUGAUCAGAGGUUACACAACUCCCACACAUCAGCAAUACCAUUGUCUCUGGACAUUUUAAUGGUGAAUAUUUAAGUGCUUGUUCAGUAGAUAGUGUGUUGUAUAUAAUAUGAAGCAUAGUGACUUGUAUCACAGCUAAAUUGUACAGGUAGCAGUGAAAGUUGCUUUUUCGUGGGGUUACGUCAAGCGCCUUUUUUUGCAGAGGGAAAAUAUUAUAUUGCUGUUUCCUGUCUAGAAUAAAAGUUGUGUAUUCUUAAUCUCAGGAAAUCAGCUUGUUACACGCCCACACGCAUACACGUGCAUAUUACACAGAACGAAGCCCCUUGCAUGUACAUGGGAUGUGAACAUUGAGGACGUUGUAAAGUGUGCUGUUAACCAAUGGUUCAAACUGCAUUGAACCUGUUGCUUCUUGUUGAAGUUUAUUUUAAAUGUGAAAACAGCUUGUGAUGGCGGUUAUGUAUUGCGGAGUAACUUUUUAUAAGGAAAUCUUUUUUUUUUCCUCAUCAGUAUUUAAAGAUGAUGUAUGUGUUGAGACUUUCUUUGCCACUUUUUGGAAUUUCUCCAGUGUUAAAUUCUGGUGUUGAAGAGUAUGAACAAAUGUGUACACUGAAGAAUAAGCAGUCCAAUUUAUGCUCUUUCAGAACAAUAAUUUAGGCCUACUCUGUUUAAAUGUAAUGUCAAAAAUAAUUUCCCUUGGACUCCCCUUCUCUGACUGGUAUAAUUUCAGGCACUUUCUUUUUCUACAAGAGGCACUCGUAAUACAGGUUAGCACUUGGAGAGGGUAUGUUUUAGAUUUGGAAACCCUGAAAAAUCUGUAAGCACUUAGUUUGGCACUUAAAGUGCACUUCCAAAUAACAAAUUUGUUUUUGGCUUUUUUUUCCUUGUAAAGAAAAUUAGGCUAAAAAAUAAAGCCUGUUUUAAUCAUAAAAAUUAAGCCCCACCUUAAUCCGCAAUAUGUGGAAAUGUUUGGUCUUUGUAUUAGUAUUUGUUAAAUAAUCUAAUAAGCUAAGUCAGAUAUCAGUUUAAUAUCCACGUGGUAGUAUAGUAGAUGUUGUUUAUAAAAGGAUGGUGUAACAGUUACAUGGAAUAGUCAUAUAUUUGCCCUAAUUGUACAUUUUGUCAAGAACAUAUAUGAUGGGAAUGCAUGUUGCCUGUAAAAUUUAUUUACUUUGUCUUGUUGUUUGCCUCUAGCGCUUUAGUCCUCAGCUAAAAAUAAAUUUAGUCUACAUUUUCUUAUUUUCAUUUUUAAACUAUACUAAGAUUUCAAGUGAAAAGUGAAUUCAUUUGGUCUUCUGUUUAACUUAGCACAUAUUCGGUGCUGUGUUCAAGUCCGACAUUAAUACAAUGUCAAGUGUUUGGUGAAUUAUCAGUGUCCAAAUACAUUAUCAGUUGUAACAAGUGAUUUAGAUACAAAAGUUAAAACAAAGCUUUACUCAUAAUUGGUCCUUUGUACAGAACAGUAUGCUGUAUUGGGGAACAGAAAAUAAUUGUGAUUAUAGCGUGUAUGGAUAUACAAUAUGGUUUAUAGUAAUAAAUGUUGUACUGGCGUUGAAGGCGAGAGAGCUCAACCUGUCACCCUUUGGUACAAGCCCCAUCGAGGCCCAUAAGUUAAAAAUCUGUUUUGGUUGGACUAACAAAUUCAUUCCAACAGUUAUCAAGCCACAAGGUUUGGCAUUGCAGCUGUUCUGUGUGCGCGCGUGUGUGUGAGUGUGUAAUGUGUCUAUGAGUGUAUGUGAGUGAAUCCAAACUGUUGGACAGUUCAGAAAAGGCAUGUCCACACAGGAAGUGGACAUUCGUUGUGAACCAAUAUGUGCUUAGACCAUGCAGAGCACACAAGCAAGCUUCCCAGUUCAGAGCUGACCACAGUCUAGAGAUUAGUGGCUUCCUGACUCCUGUUCUGACUUUAAUAUAAGGUUCCUAUGUAGACAAUUUACUUAUAACGCAGUAGUGACUGCAAAUACAACAACAGAUUUCAGGUUAUGGGUAGACUAAAGGACAGAUAAGGUUUUGUCUCUUUCGCCUUUCGUGCAAAAUAAAUGUGGAAAAAGCCUAAGUUAAGAUGUGACGUUUUAGAUAAAGCACACUCAGUAAAUGUUGACAGAUAUCUAUGUCUGCCUGAAAAUUGGCUGUGAUUUUUAUAAUGCAAUUAGAUUUCAACGGUCUUCAUCAAAUGCUAUAGAUACAGCUAUCCACGGAUGUUUUUAAAAUAAUACUUCUGCUACUACUGUUAUUCUGACUAUUGUUGUUUGGAUAGCAGUGAGUGCAUAGCAUUUCUCUGGCUAGUGUGUUAUAUCAUUUCUUCAGCUGCUUGCUCUGCUUCACAAAGUGGCAGUUAGGUUCAUAUACACUGAAGAAUUGUGAUAAAGAGAGGGGCCAGAAUAGCACUCCCUUUUUGAAAGGGAGAGAUCUCACUAUUUGAAACAGUCCAAGACAUGGCCUUUCUGCCAUGGUUGUCCUCCAUAUGCUUUCAGUUAUCUUCCCUCUGCCAGCCACUUUGCAUUGCCAUGGUUACAGGUAGUUAAGGGGAGGGCAACGACACCUUUUGCUGGGUGCCCAAGACCCUACUGGCCCCCUGAAGCUAACUACACCCCUUGCACUGUCAUUUCAAUUGUGCAUCGAUGUGUUCGAUUUUCCUACCUAAGUGAUUUUCUCUGAUGCUCUCACAUUGUCUCAGGGUGCCAAUGGUAUAAGAUUUUUUUUUUUUCUAAUUCUGAUUCUGGAAAAGAUUUUUCUACUGUUAACUUGUUUUUGUAAUGUAACAAACAAGGUCGCUGUUGUUGGUGUUUUUUAUUCUCUCGGAUUUAUGAAAUUAUACCCCUUCUCCAACACUUUCUUUUUCUCACUUCUAAGCUGAUCCUUGCCUGUACAGACUGAAUCAUUUGAUUUGCACAACACAGAUGAAUGCCUGUGUAAGGGCUACGUAAAUAAUUACUAAAUAAUAAUUUGGAGCAACUAUAUGAAUAAUGCUUUCUAGUAAUUGAGCGAAAUAGAUUUACCUAGUCAAAGUCUCCAGUUAACCAAAUCGACUCAAAACCUGCAAUGUAAUCAGAUUUGUUGACUGGCUGAAGUUUAAAUUCUGUGCAGAUUUUCAGAUAUAUUGCGUGUUUGUACAUUGCAGAGGCUGCAAUGACAUUUUGACUAAGUACAAAGGAAGGUGUCCUUUCUCUUAGAUCAUUGUGUUGUGUGUGUUUUAUCGUUGGUUUCUUGUGCUGCUUCUCCAGGACAUUAACACUGGCUUUCCAAUUGUUCUGUUCACAGAGGAAUGAAACUUUUUCAGUUUGCUCAACUUUAUACUGGUAUCCUGACUGAAUACACAAAGCUGAGAUCAUUCAAAGUGGAAAAAAAAAACUAAGUAUGUUUACAAAAUGAGUUGUCACAUUGUUUGUUUUUAUGAAUUUGCCAUGUAAAUAGAAAUCGAAUAGACUCAAUUGGAUGGACAGUCUAGUGUUUUUUAAACUGAAAAAUUAGUAUCAAUUACUAUGCUUCUUCCUGUCCUGUCCAUUCAGCUAAUGGAUAUUUACAGAGUCAAAACGGAUACAAGUGCACCUCCAAUGUUUUGCCUUAGAACUUUCAGAGGCCAUAAUUCACAUUCAAGUGAAAUGAGUGUAUGCAGGGCGUUCUGCCCCCAUCCCCAGGUUAACAACACGGACUUUUCUCACACUUAUCUACCUGUGAAAUCCUUCAUACCUCUCACAACUGGUCAAUGACUGUAUCAGCAAACUGCAUCAGGUGUUUUUUCUACAUGCUUUUUACACGGAUUCUAUGGAUUAUUGUAUUAGUAGAUUCGGUGCAUCAUUUUUAAUGUAACGGUUCCGCUCGUAGUCACAAGGUUGUUUUAUUUCACACUUUUUUUUUCUAGACAACUGUUUGUGUUAAUAUUGUCAAAUUGAAAUAGGUGUUAUUUGCUUAUUCUGUUACUAAGAGUCUUUACCCUUUUUCAUUUUUGAAUGCAACAUGACCCUAAUGAAUUUAAUUACUUACACCUGUUGUAAAUACAGUAUUGUGAAUCCCAUUUUCAUUCAUUUCAAUUGCUAGUGUUAUUCAAAUUACAGAUUUUUUUUGUCUAGACACAAUUUCUGUUCAUGAAAUAAAGAACAUAUCAUGUAUAA